CAUGGCAAGAAUGAUCUUGUCGCUGAUCGUACCGCGUCUGCUGACAUCGUCAGUGGAAGAGAACGCAAUCAGAUGGCAAGACCCGACAAGAAGCCCAAAUAACACUUAUCACCAAAAUCGUAGAACUGCAGUUGAUUUUUGCGGUCCGAGAAUUUACAGCAGCAAACCCUGUUCAUACCACAACAACAGUACUGCUAUCCUUAGUUGGGUUUAUUCAUUACGGCGUAGCGUGGACUGAGUGGAUGCCGAGCACAGAUGUGGUGAAUGCCCGGCGCAUGGACAGUUCAUGCGACUCGGCUAAGCUCAGAGGAUGAUUGAGACGGUUUCACGAUGCGUGAAGAUGUAGAGUGGGAAGGUAAGGCGCCGUUCACCC